AUGGCAUAUAGUAGUGUCCAACAGACGCACAAUCAGCAGAAUCAAAAUUGUUGCGUAGAAUGUGACAUGAAAUUUGAUACUGAGAAGUCCCUGAAUGUUCAUUUGCAAUAUCACCAAAAGAACUUGAUGAACAAGUGGGGAGGUAAACCAAACGUUGGUGGUGACGAGUCGAACAACAAUAGCCACAAGACUGGCAAUAACAAUGCUAGAGUGCGGACUGGUGAUUUUAGUAGCCCAGUUAUGGCGCCCGCCGAUUCAAGUGACAGCAUGGUGAAAACGGAACUGCAGACAUCUGGAGCCCCCGGCCGGCCGUCGUCGUCCUCGUCGACGACCUACAGCCGGGGAAGUCCUCCAGCCUCUACGUCGUUCACGUAUCCACCGACUCCGGGCAGCUACAGCAGUGCACCAUCCCCAUACCAGCCCGAGAACCACAGGUUCUCGCCGGCCGGCGCUCACCAGCAACCUGGCUACAGCUACCAGAGUGCAAACAGGACCGAACAUACACCACCACCCAUGAUGCCACUGAACUCGGUUCAAAAUAACUUUCAGGGUCUUGUUGGAUCCUCUUUGAGUUUUAGCGCACCGGAACAAUCUCGACAUCCAGUGGAUGAGAACGCUCAUUUUUUCCACAGUGGUCAACCUAUCAAAGAAGAACCUGGCUAUAUUUUUGGCAGUGGAAAUGAUUUCCCAAUGUUGUCCCCAAAUGUAAGAUCUUCCACGCCAAGUUCAGUGCUAAGUACAACACCCUCUUCAACUUCCAUGACCCCAACUUCCUCAUCAUUACGUUACCAUCCAUACCAGAACAUUGCAGUUAGCCACAAUAGCCAACAGAAUUCCUACAUCCAAAGUAAUCUUAGCAGAGAUUUAGUAACUACAUCACGGUAUGCUCCGUCUCCUUCACAGAACUCUUUGCAGUGCGAAAAAUGUGGGUUUCAGUGUAGUUCUAGCUCUGUGCUCUUGGACCACAUAAAUAUAGCACAUAGAGCAGUGCCCAUGUUGGGUAACCACCAGGUGUUCAUGCAGCAGCAAAAUCAUGGACUGUUUAGUCAUCGCCAUGACGCGAGUGUAUCUCUUCAGUCUCAGCAUCAUUUACAGCGGAAUAGUCAAGAAACAAUGCAAGGUAUGUUUGCUGACUUCAGAGAUCCUGGGGGAACCAACAACAAUAGAAUUGCAGGUAACCAACCGAAAGUUGAAGACGAAACACCUGCAGAGAUAUUGGACCUAGACUCUCAUAAAGUUCAUGUUUAUCAGCCACCACCUGAAGAGGAGGAAGCCCUAAGAGCUGCAGCUGAAGUUGAAGAGGAUGGAAGGAGCUCGAAUCAAAAUCCCCAUUCAGUAUCUGCAAUGUUGUGGGGUAAUGGUGCUUCACCUUCAAACCUUCACAGAUCAUAUCGGCCAAUGAAUGUUUCGCAGACUCCAGAAUUUGGCAGUGUUCCUACAUCCUUGACUCCUCCAACACCAGUAACUUCUGAUGUAACAGUUCCUCAGCCUACAACAUAUCAGCCACAUCGAACAUAUCUUCAAAAUCCUGAUGAUAUCCACAACAAUCCAAAUAUGCCUAGGGUUUCACCUACUCAUCAAGCGAUGAUCACCUCUACUCAGUUGCCUCACACAAAUGCUGUGUCUUCUACUCUUCCAUCAUCAAAUACUCCAGUGCAAACUCAAAGUCAACAAAAAGGUUCUAAAGGUGAUGCUUCCUGGAAGUCCAAUGAAGCACGGCGGCCUAAAACUUACAAUUGCUCGGCAUGCAACAAAUGGUUUACUAGUUCAGGUCACCUUAAAAGACACUACAACACGACAUUACACAAAAAUGCUGUGAAGCAAAGUGGUGCUCCGGAUCCUGCGGCAGUCCCAGUCAGCCAACACCAUCAUCCUAGUAGGGAGCUGAGUGGCGGAAGUGGGCCAAUAAUGCACCGCAUAACUCCUGUUCCAGGAGGUACUGGAGAUUCUUCCAGUCCAGCUCCUAGCCUAGGGGGUGAAGAUUCAUCAAGAAGUGAUGAUGCUGGACAAACAAAUAAUUCUUUUGGGCGCAUGACUCCUCAACAGCCUGCUAGUAGCAGUAUGUUGUCUUCUUCCAAUAGUCAGAUACCAGAGAGUCCCCCAAACCGGUUGGCAGGUCCCUCGGCGGAGAUUUCGGGGGGCCUGCAGUUCCUCUCCACUUACAACAGCACCCAGGAGGUCAGUUCCGUCCGUUCUUCCUUGGAGGCAUUACCUCCGCAUGUAACCCCUCAGCACCUUAUGCUGAAUACAGUUUCGCCCCCUGUGCAGUCCCUGGUUCCCCAAUCAGCCCUAGGUUCGCACCUCAUCCACCACCCCAUUCCCCAACAACCACGCCACCUCAACCCCUCCAUGACGGCUUUCCCAAACGGUCUGCCCCCCCACGUUUCUACUACCCAAACCCAAAUUUCUACCAACCAACACCAUCUCACAACUUCUAUUGGUAGUCAGGCUGGUAGUCCUGCUCUGGCCAAUGUGGCUGGCAUUGAUGAUGUACCAAAUCAUCUAUUGUUGGGCAACAAUGCCGGUGCAAUGACCGGCUUCUUUCCAUCUUCGACACCCAGUUAUCCAUUGCCAAGUUUCUCUCAGCUUCAUCAGAACCACUUGUUCAGCAGUAACAGUGGGAACACGCUGACUCUGCUGCAAGGAUUCAAUGGGAUGUCGCAGUACCAUCACCCAGCUUCUGGCUAUCACUUGGUGAGUACUCUUGAAAACGUGGGGGGGCUAAGUCUUAGUCCAAACAGUCAAAUUUUAAUGGACAUACAUUCCUUAUCAAAUGCUGAAAAUAGUAUUAAUUAUUUAGGUUUGGAAGACAGUGAGUUAGACUUGAAAUCAGAAGAUAUGGAUAGCAAAAUCAGCUCGACGGAAAAACAUAUGAAUGGUUUGUCUGAUUCUAAUGCCAGUGUAGGUGAUAACAUAUCAAUUCUUUCCCCCAUAGGAACACCAGAUUAUCCUACCUCGACCACAGAGGAUCUUGAACAGGAUGUUAUAAAGCUUUCCUUUAACAAUGAUGAUCACAAACAUUCUUCUGCAGUCGAUAGAGAAAGUGGCCGCAAGGUAAAUGAUUGUGCUUAUGUGUCAUCAGUUUCUAACAGCACGUUACCAAAGUGUGUUGCCUGUGACAAAGUGUUUAACAAAGCAUGCUACCUGACACAACACAACAAGAGUUUUCAUUCUGGUCACAAGCCGUUUAAGUGUCCCCGCUGUGGCAAACGCUUUGACUCUGAGGUUAUGUACCAGGAACAUCAAGGGAAACACGCGGGAGAUAAGCCUUUUAAGUGUGAAAUAUGCCCCAAACAAUUUAAUCACAAGACUGACCUUCGUAGGCAUCUGUGUUUGCAUACUGGUGAAAAGCCUUAUUCUUGUGACACGUGUGGUAAGGGUUUCAUAAGGAAAGAUCACAUGCUGAAACACACAGAAACACACAGAAAAAAGACUUACAACAAUAACAACAACUUCAAGAAUAAGAAUAUUACACACGAUGAACUAUCUUCACAAAUAGUGACAUCAAAUGAUAUGGAACUGGAGCAACUAGCAAUUUCCGCUGCAAGGAUACUUGAAGAAUUACCGCAAGUCUUGAGACAAGUUACCACCUUCCUACUAUUUUUGUUACCAGUGUUACAAACAUUUUUUAGACGUAGUGUUAUGGACGCGAUAAAUUACUUAUUAGCAAUUCACAUUCAGUCUUCAUGCACACCAUAUAUUAUGAUUUGUAUUGACUGUGAGAUUUUGGAAAAUUUGCUAAAGUAGAAGUACAGACCUAAGAUUGCAAGUUAAAUUCAUAUUCAUUACACUGAAAUUAUUUUAUAUAGCAUGUGGAAUAUUUUGCUAAAAAAGUAAUUUCCCAAAAACAUAUCCACAACACAAGCAAUAUCAAUUGAUGUGAAUAGAGUAACUUUUUUUUAGUUUAUGAUGUCAUAUUCAGUUUAUUGAAUAGUACUUUUUAAUGUUACCAGUAUUCCGAUAUUAAGUUAUGUCCAAAUGGUGCCUCUGUCCCGUCGAUUGUCAUAAAUUCUCAAGUUUUGAAUCCACACAUUUUUAGUCACAAUUUUGCUUAUUAGAUUUUGUAUUUUUUUACAAGACUGAUUUGUGUAUUAUAGAAUCAUUGUGAAUAUGAUAAACUCCACUAGGCAUAAUAAAUCUAGCAAAAAUAGCAAGAAAUUAGUUUUGUAGUUCAGAUAAAGUGUUGAUGAGGUGGAUGAUGGACGAUAAACUACAAUUGUGUUUCGGAGUGAACAUAAGUUGUGAACGACAAUGAAGUGGCUAUUUUGGUGUUCAUGUUGAUGAUAUUGUAAUUAUUUUGUUCUUGCUACUGUAGAAUAUUUUUUAACAAGAUGUUUCAGAUUUCCAAUUUACGUAUUGUUAUGUUGUAUAAAGAAGUAAUUUUUAGUUCAUAGAGAGAAUUCUAAAACACACAAGAUUUUUGAAGAGGUUCAUCAGAGUAAACCUUUUGCUGAUAGAACAUGGUGUGUGUUGUCAGUAGUAUGGUUACAGAUGCAGUAAGCCAGUAUUGUUUUAAUGACAGUUGUUGGUUAAAUAUGUAACAUUAUUAUAAAGUGU